CUUGAAGUCUCAUUGUGGCUGUGUUGCCUCUAGCUGGAGUCCACACAGACAGAAGAUGGAGCUGACUUUCUCCUUAAGGCGUAAGGAGAUCGUGGAGCUGCAGCCUAUGGUGUCAGAGGCUCUGGAACGGUGGCCUGCUCUGUUUUGUGAGGCAGAGAUAAGGGAAGAGUUUUAUCGCAUCACAAACAAGAACCUAAUGGACAACUUCAGAGCAGCCCUUCAUCAGCACACUUGGAUGCUCCUGAGACUCUAUCGGACAUCUGACAUCACUGCACAUCGACAAACUGCAGCAAUGAAGGGCCUUCCCUUGUAUCUCCGUGACAGUCAGGAGAAGCUCUUCAGGAACUGUCUUGACACUGACCCAGAAGAGGAGCAGACGAAGGGCCUCACUGUGGGUAUCCUCACUGUGUUGGGGGUUGAUAACAGCGCAGCUCCUCAAAGUGUCGUGAGUGUUGCUGUUGUUGUGGAAGAAGAGAUUGUCCUUCAAGAUCUCCCUGACCUGCCAACUGCUUUUGCUUACCUCUUUGGACUGAUCUAUGCUUUAAACCUUAAGUACCCAAAAGAUCUCAGGUACACAUUUGAAACUGUUCAGAAGGUUUUCAUGGAACUUGGUACAGACCUCUCUGCAAGGGUCAGAUCCCUCAAAAACAAACUCCUUCAGUGAAUCCAGUUAACUGAUAUUGUUGGAUCUGAAAUUGUUGACCUGUGAAAGUUCCCUUCUGUCCAGCCAACACCAUGUUAAUUUACUCUUCCUGUUACUCACACUCAACUCUGAUGUACCUCGAACUCCCGGUCUCAAAAUAAUCAGCAAAUUCUUUUUUGUAACUCUGCUCAAUACUAUGUGACAAUUUACAAAUACUGUAUCUUAACAUGUAACAUGUUUAGGGAAACCCAAUAAAGUGCAAAAUAAAUGUAAGAGUGGAAGUUUACAAGUAUACAAUGUAGCACAAGUUGACUGCUAGGACUGGGACAAUUGGGUCUCACUAGUUUGCAUUUAC